CCUAAAACCUCCUCCUGAAGGAUGGCAGCCGCCUCUUUCCGCUACGGCCUGACCAUCACGGGGGCCGUGCUGCUGGUGACGGGGACGCUGUGCUUUGCCUGGUGGAGUGAUGGGGAGGUGGGCUCCGGCGGCGGGGCUCGCCUCCUGCCUCCCCGGGAAGCCGAGGCCGUCCCCAGCUCCUCCUCCUCCAGCGCCCUGCUCCGCUCCGUCAGCUUCUUCUGCUGCGGCAUCGGCGGCAUCCUCCUCAUCUUCGGCCUCCUCUGGUCCGUCAAGGCCAACGCCAGGGUGGUGUCCCGGCGCUACCAGUACCAUUUCCCCAGGGACCUGCAGUACUUCACGGCGGAGCCUCCGGAGAAGUGGAACUGCAGCAACUGGGACGCCAGUGCCAUCCCCACUUAUGAAGAAGCCCUGACCUGCAGACCUGCCCACGGUGCCCCGGCCUAUGUGCAGCCUCCGGGGAGGAAGGAGGAGCUCACGCCGCCCCUGUACCGCUACCUGGAGGAGGACGAGAGCUGGCAGGGCGGCCGCCGGCGCAGCUCCUCGGACAGCGCCCUGUUCCGCCCCAGCCCGUCCUGGCUGGACGCGCCCGAGGAGCCGCAGGCAACGCCUCCCCCCAGCUAUGAGAACAUCAGCGUCAGAGGGGUCUGA